GCGUUCCCCGCCUUGACCAAUCAGCUUCCUCCUUUCAGCAGAAGUUGUGCGGGAAUUUUGGAGCCGGUAGAAAGCAAAACACAGAGCAGAGCUAACCUCACUCAGACAGUUUACUGGAAGCUGCUGCUGCAAAGUGAAAAUAAAAAUGCCUCCCAAAGCCAGGGCAGCAGGAAAAGGAAAGGGUCCAGCUAAGAGAAAACUGGCCGAGGAAUUCCCACCUGGAGAAAUCCUGACGGACACAGCGAAGAAAAGCUGGAAACUCGGAGCGCCGAUCGGCCAGGGAGGCUUUGGUCUCUUGUAUCUGGCAAGUGAUGAUACUUCCAGAGCUGUUGGAGCCGAUGCGCCAUAUGUCAUCAAAGUGGAGCCGAGCGAUAAUGGCCCUCUGUUCUCCGAGCUGAAGUUUUACAUGCGAGCCGCCAAACCCGAUCUAAUUGGAUCUUGGAUAAAAUCACGCAAACUGAAGUACUUAGGAGUUCCAAAGUACUGGGGUUCAGGACUUCAUGAGAAAAGUGGGAACAGGUACAGGUUCAUGGUCAUGGAUCGAUUCGGAACAGAUCUACAGAAGCUGUUUGAGGAAGGUGGCAAGAGGUUUCCUCGCAAACUGGUGCUUCAGCUCGGCCUUAAACUGCUUGAUAUUCUAGAGUACAUCCACGAUCAUGAAUAUGUGCACGCUGACAUUAAAGCCUCCAACCUACUGCUGUCCUACAAGAACCCCAAUCAGGUGUAUUUAGUGGACUAUGGACUGGCCUACAGAUAUUCUCCUGAUGGAGUGCCGAAGGAGUACAAAGAGGACCCGAAAAGAUGCCACGACGGGACCAUCGAGUUCACCAGCAUUGAUGCGCAUAAAGGCGUCUCUCCUUCCAGAAGAGGGGAUCUGGAGAUCCUGGGCUACUGCAUGAUCCAGUGGCUGUGCGGCCGCUUGCCCUGGGAGGAUAAACUGCAGGACCCGGUUUAUGUCAGAGACUCCAAAUUAAGGUAUCGUGACAGUAUCAGAGGCUUCAUGAAGAGCUGCUUUACCCCCGAAAGUGAACCAGAGGAAAUGGCGAAAUUCAUGGAGGAGGUGAAGACUCUGGGUUACACAGAUAAACCCGACUACCAGAAGCUGAGGAGUAUUUUGCAGCAGGGUCUGAAGAGUAUCGGCGCUACUGACGACGACAAGCUGAACUUCUCAGUGUCAGUCAAUGGUGCAGGUCCAUCCGCAGCCAAGGCCACCAAGCGAAAGAAAGUGCUGGAAAAGGGGGCAGCUAAUGACGAGGCUGACGGCUCCCCUGCAAAGAAGAGUCGGCCACCCCCGAAGAAGGAAAUGAACGGCGCGAAGAAGGCCAGCCCGAAGAAGCGUCUGGUGGAGUCGAGCACGCAGACCUCUCCCGGAGUGAAGCGAGGCCGCGGCAGGCCCAAGAAGACGACGACGACAUAACAACUCCUCCUCCUCCUCCUCCUCCUCCUUCUGUUUCAGACUCCCAACUUACUUACUUUUCCCCCCUUUUUUAAAACAUUUUUCUAUGGUCUGUAUUUGUUCCCUUGCUGUACAUUUUUUUUUCUUAAACUCUCGCAGGAUGUUGGGCACAUUCUCAGUAAAAUAAUAAAUAAAAAAAAUAAAAAAAAAUAGAAAAAAGAAGAAGUAUGGUU